GUUCCUAAACAAGGACUACCCGUAUUACUAUGCCAGUUGCACAACAUGGAUUACAGAGGAGAUUGUGUCUCCUUAUGGCCUGGCCACUCUGUGGAAAAAGCGGGGCUUCCUGAUAGUCUAGUAUAGAGACCGUUCUCCCGGGCCACACUUUUGGGAAGCAUCUUGAGGUAGUGAGUUGUCACCUUGAAGUCAGCAAUGCUGCUGUUCAACCUCAAGCAACUGUCACCCAAAUGUUGAAGAUCAAUGUUGCUUUCCUCUCUGCAACAUUGGUCAAUGGCAAACCUAAUGCCAGUGAAGUUGGCUUAAUCCCUGAACAAUGUGGACUAUUUGCUCUGUGUGGUCAUUUCUUCUUGCAUGUCUUUCUCCUGCUGUCAGUGGAUCACCAUUCUGGCUCCUUUUUAUUAUGAUAUAUGUAGCGUCAUCCACAGGAACAGUCCUUUUGAUGAGUGACGCGAGUAGGUUCUUCCCCAAGCAGCUCUGAGACCCAGAACAGGCACAUGACAGAGGGAGGGAGACAGAGACGCCUGGAGAGUAUGUCAGGGCAGUGGCACGGCUGGCACAUUUCUCUUUCCAGAACCCACAAUGGGGAAGCACAAUAGCAAGUUGGCUCCAGAGAUGCUGGAUGACCUGGUGAGAAGCACGGAAUUUAAUGAGCAAGAGCUGAAGCAGUGGUACAAGGGGUUUCUGAAAGACUGCCCCACGGGCAUCCUCAACCUGGAGGAGUUCCAGCAACUCUACAUCAAGUUUUUCCCCUAUGGUGAUGCGUCCAAGUUCGCCCAGCACGCUUUCCGCACAUUUGACAAGAACGGAGACGGGACCAUUGACUUCCGGGAGUUCAUUUGCGCUCUGUCCGUCACUUCCAGGGGCAGCUUUGAGCAAAAGUUGAAUUGGGCCUUCGAGAUGUACGACUUGGAUGGGGACGGGAAGAUCACGCGUUUAGAGAUGCUAGAGAUAAUUGAGGCUAUCUACAAGAUGGUGGGCACCGUCAUUAUGAUGCGGAUGGACCAAGAUGGGCUGACACCUCAGCAGCGGGUCGACAAGAUCUUCACCAAGAUGGACAAGGAUAAAGAUGACCAGAUCAGCCUGGAGGAGUUCAAGGAGGCUGCCAAGAGUGACCCCUCAAUUGUCCUCCUGCUGCAGUGCGACAUGCAGAAAUAGAAGGGUUGGGGCACUAGACACCCUGUCCCCUGCCCAGCUGUGCGCUGUCUUUCCUUUCUCUUUGGGGCUGCAAACCCCCUCUUGGGGGAGGUAUGCUGCCUUUGCCCAGAUGAAUCUGCAAGUGCCUUUCCCACCACUUGCAACAUCUGCCCUUCUCGGCACAGCCAGCACAGAGGUCUGGAUGACGUCCCUUAGCCUCUCAGCUGGAAGAUGUCCAUCUCAAUCCAUUGGCUCCACUCUGGCUGGAGUCGCUGACCUCCUUUUUUCUUCUUGGACAUGUGGUGUUUCCAAGACACCGGCAGAAAAUCUAACUUUUGAUGGCCUGCCUAAAUUCAGGUCACCCACACUGCGACAGCUGCAAGGUCUGGUAACCCCAAGGUCCAUUCUCUUAAGCUACCAGCCCUUGCUCUUAGGGGUAGGGAAAAUCUACCACCACCGCUCUGGUGUGCCCCCGCCCCCACAACAAAUCUUUAGAGAUAUUCUUUUUGAUGGCAGGUCCAGGGCUGUGAAGAACACCCCCCCCAAAAAAAACCUGAAAAGAGGAGAUGUCCCCUUCCUCCCCUUCCCCCCGUCACUUCCUUCGCUGCCAUGACGAGCCAGUGGCGAUGCAACCGUUUCUGGCAGUGGGGAGCCUGUGGCGUUUUGUAAAUUUUUAAACAGCUAUCCCUUUUUUCCCCUUGAGACCAGCGUUUCUUGGACAAAUCCUCCUUCUGGGUUUCUGGUAAUUCCCACCUCCGGCCAGCCAGGAGGGACCCAGACUGGGGAUGGGGGAGCUCUAUUCCCACCCUCUAGAAGAGGUUCGGUGGGGGAAGGUUAGCUGAGAUCCUGCCCUUCAUCUUCUGAAGCAGAGUGACACCGUCCGCUCCUGAACUGACAGUUACAGCUCUUGGUAAAAAGUGUAUUUCUGUACUAAUCUUAUAGUAUGUAAAAGUGCAGGUUGUUUUCGUUUUUGCUUCUGCCGAUAAUUCAUUGUAAUUAAUGGGCUGUAAGCCGUGAAUUAAUGGGGAGGGAGGAGGAGGCUCUUGCUUUCCCAAGGGCCGGAGAAGGUGUGAAGAGUCUGUGGUUGGUGGAGAUUGCGGGAUUCUCUGUCUGAAGGGCUCCCAGAAAGAGGAGACGAUUGUUGGGUGCUCGGUGCGUUAAAAAUAAAGCAUUGAUGCCGUCAAAGGGCAUCGGAGGGAGGGAGCUCUUUCGAAAUACAGAAUUUGAGCCUCGCCAGAGCCUCGGACUGCUAAGGACAAACAUUCCGUUUGGGGACAGACGUCACCUGGUGACAGGUGUAAUUAAGUUGCUUUUUAUUCUUCCCCCCUUGCGCCCUGGGAGCAAGCCGGGCUUCCAGGGUGAACGGAACAGAGAAGCAUGCGCUUGCACACCUGCGUGCGUGCACUUGUGUUCCACACGAAGGCAGGAGAGCGCCCCCACAGCUUUCCGGUGGUUCUGGCAACUCUGAUGCCCUUCUCCCCCCCCCCCCCUUCCCCCCGCACCCGUAGCAUUUAAGGUUUACCAUUGAGCAGACUUGCACUGUGAUCGAUGCCCUGGAGAACUUAGUUUGGGGCAAAGUAUGAGCUGGUAAGGUGAUUGUAACCCCCUCCCCUGAAAAGUCUAAUUAGGGUGGCUAAAGGAAAGGGAGGCUGCUGUUUGGAGGCGCCAGGAAAGGGGGGGUGAGAAUCUCGGGCUCUCUUGGGAGGGACGGAACGUCUCGGGCCUCUGAGCGGCCCCCACCCGCGAAGCAGCGGACUAAAGGGGCAGCGGGCCCACGAUGGAGCCCCGUUCCAAGAGAGCCGGGGGGCAUUUGCUCCCCAGCAGCUUUUGCUGGGUGGGAGGUUAACUGUGGCUUGUCAUCUGAACCAAAGGCCUGGUGUUAGUGUGUGGAAGGAAGCAAGCCAGGUUGAAUGAAAUGGGCUUGUUGUUUAAUUGAACUUUUAUGGUGGGGGGGGAUCUAAAAUGGGCGUUUUCAGUUUCUUCUUGGCAGCUCCGUCAGUGGGGGCAGGAGACAGAUGAGGCAGGGCUUGCCGAGGGUGCCAGGAGGGUUCCACGCGGCUGCCAAGUGCAGCCGCCGUGUGUGCCAAGGCAAACCCCUCCGCUGCCACGUCCUGCCCUUCAGCAUCCCAUCCUGCACUGAAGAUUGUUUCUGGAGAUUGUCCUAUCUGCUUCUGUGGUUGUGAGUAUUGCUGUACUUGUUUAGAAACUGUGAGGUAGGUAGGGGAGUGUGUGUGUGCGUACAUGUAAAUCUUUUUUUUUAAGUGUUCAAAGGUGUCCUCAUUCCAAUGGGAGUUUGCAGUUUGGCUUCUUUGAAUAAAAAGAUGAUAAAUGGGCUUGGUCCGUGU